AUGGAUGGCAAUAGGGAUGAGAGCGAGCGGUGCAUACGUUUGGCGAAGACAUUGAUCGCUCAAAACGAGACACAAAAAGCCAUUAAAUUCCUGAUGAAAGCGCAGCGACUGUUCCCAUCGCAAGAGGCCAAUGACAAAUCUAAUUUAAACAGCAAUUCAAACGCCAGUUAUAGUCAUACAAGUCAUGGCCCCACCAGUGGUGGCGGCGGUGGUGGCAGUCAUCGGGAGUACACCGACGAGCAGUUGGCGGCCGUCAAGCAGAUCAAGAAGUGUAAGGAUUACUACGAGAUUUUAGGCGUGACUAAGGAGGCCGUGGACUCGGACGUGAAGAAACAGUACCGGAAGCUGGCCCUCCAGUUCCAUCCGGACAAAAACAAGGCUCCCGGCGCCGCCGAGGCCUUCAAGAUGAUUGGAACCGCUUUCGCCGUCUUGAGCGACGCCCAGAAGCGCAAGCAAUACGAUAUGUACGGCUCGGAGGAGGAGCAGCGAAAGCGGAGUCAAACCCAAUACUACGAAAACGGUUACUACGACUACAACCGGGGUUUCGACGGCGAUAUCAACGCCGACGAGAUCUUCAACAUGUUCUUCGGCGGCGGCUUCCCGUCGGGCAACGUAUACGUGCGCCGGACUAACAAUAGGUAUCGCGAGACCCAUCGGCACCACAACAACCAGACCCAAGAGGUGGCCUCCGGUUAUAACGUGUUGCUGCAAAUGAUGCCCGUCUUAGUGCUCCUCUGCCUCUCACUCAUGAGUACGUUCUUCGUAUCCGAUCCGACCUAUAGUCUGAGCCGAACGCAGAAGUACUCGUACGAGAGGAAGACCCAGAACCUGGAGGUGCCCUACUUUGUGAAGGAGAACUUCGAGCGCGAAAAUAAGGGAUCCAUUCGUCGUAUUGAGCAACAGGUGGAAGAGGAUUACGUCUCCAACUUAAGGGCCUCUUGUUUUAGGGAACGAAACUAUAAGGAGAGUAUGAUAUGGAGGGCCAGAAAUUUUAGGGAUAAAGACCUCGAAGAUAGGGCUAAAGGAUUAAAGACGCCAUCGUGUGAUCACUUGCAUAAGAUAUCUCAACAGUACGUCUUGUGGUAACAAAUUGUAUAAUAAGUUAUUUAUCAUUCAAUUAUAUGAUUGUUUCAGA